AUGAAAGAACUUUAUACAGAAACAUCCCAAUAUCGUAACUGGCGUUUCUCAAAAGCAAAUUUGCAAGAAACUCGUGAAAAUAACCACACACUAGCUGUAGAAAGAGUAAAGAAAAAAGUGUUAGAAGAAUCAAUCUUACAAAAGCAAACUUUAGACGCUUCUUCUGCACACAGUGAACAAACAGAAAGUGUAGAUUCACCACGCCUGAUUCCGGUAGAGAUCGAAUAUUUAACUUUGGAAGAUGAGUUGGCAUUAUGCAAUUUUUACGAAACUCGGAUACCUCCAAUGGCAAAUUACUUUCCAAAAGAAGUUAUCGAGAAUAAAUUCACAGACAAAGUAAAAGCGACUGCGAUAACUUUUGCCAAAAGAUUCUAUUUGCGAAAUACUGUAAUGGAUUAUCAUCCUAAAGAAAUCAUAUGUGUUGAUAAUUUGGAUAAAAACAGCGUCACUUGUCUGUUUCUCGCUGCCAAAGUUGAACACUCCUUCGUUGCUAUUGAGGAAUUUACUAAGGUGGUUAAGCUUCCUAAGGAAACGAUAUUUGAACUCGAGCUGGUAGUGUCUCGAAGUUUGAGAUAUGAAUACGCGGUUCACCAUCCAUAUUUGGCAUUAUUUGGAUUGUUUCUAGAUAUGCAGAAUUUCAUAAAGGAUAUUCCUAACAUCAAGUUACUAUACGAGAAAUCUCUUGAAUUUGUCAACAAAUCUCUUUUUACUGAUUGUAUGUUUAUUUAUCAACCAUCACAAAUUGCCUUGGCGACGCUGAGAAUGGCCGCUAAAAAAGAUAAUUAUGACUUGGAAAAAAUCUAUCUCCAGUUUAAAUUCAAAUCCGAUCCCAAAGAAAAAGUAAUUGAACUUCAUAAGAUACUUGACGAAAUUGAAGAUACAAUUAAUAGCCACGUAAAUGUAAAUGUUGAGCAAGCAAAAGAAAUCGAUUCUCGCUUACAUAAGUGUAAAAACCCGGAGAAAAAUCCGAAUAGCGCUAUUUCAAAAAAGAGACGACGCGAAAAAGAAGAACUAGAGGAGAUUGAUAGGCGAAAAAAAAAGAAACUUGACGAUGAAUAUCAAAAAGAUAUCUCAAAA